GGGGUGGGGGUGCUGCUAGUGGUUUUAGCGGCACUAAGAUCUUCACCUGGUUCAUGGUUCUGGCUCUGUUGGGGGUGUGGAGCUCCGUGGCCGUGGUGUGGUUAGAUCUGGUGGACUACGACAACGUCAUUGGUAAACUUUCAGCGUAUGACGCAGAUGGCGACGGUGACUUCGAUGUGGAGGACGCCAAAGUACUACUUGGCUUGACCAAAGAGGGCGGUGAAAUUACUAAUGAAAACGCAGAUUCCCUAGAGGAAAUCUUCGGUAUUUUAGCCGAGGAGGGCUCAGAUUGGUUUCACGGCUUCUUCACGUUUCUCUAUGACGUGAUCUCUCCUCCCGUAGAGAAGGUGGAGGAUCCAGAGAGUGAGACAGCAGAGGAGGAGGGUGAUGCUGACGAGAAUGAGGUCAAAACUGCUGCUCCCAAAAAGGAAACGCUGAAAAAAGAGGACAAGAAAAAAGCUGAGAAUAUUGUAGAGGUUCCCGUUCCAAAACCAGAAAAGACAAAAGGUAGCCUACUAUUUAAUGGUGAUCAGAGUCCCGGAGAGGUGACUUCUAAAAAGAACAGAACAAAAGAGCACCCAACAAGAGAACUUGGGAGGAAAUUAAAGUCAGCAUUAAAGGAACAGUUGAGAAUGAUCCAUGAGAAGAUUGAAGCUCAAAAAAUUGCUGAAAUGGCUUUGACUGAAGUGAGAAGUGUCCUGGCCAAAGAGGAGGAAGAGAGACAAUUGGUCUAUGCUCUGGAACUCAAGAGGCAAGAGGUGGCCCAAAAAGCCCAGGAAAUGUUAGAGGCUCAACUUCGAGAGGAAAGGGAACAAGAAGAGAAAAGAGAGGCUGAGAGAAAAGCACAGGAGCAAGCAGGGAAAGAGAGGCUGGAGAAAGAGCAACUGGAGCAGUUGGAGAGAGAAGAGAAAGCGAGGCUGGAGAAACAGAGGGAAGCUGAGGAGAAGGCAGAAAAAGAGCAAUUGGAGAAGGAAAAGCUAGAGAAAGAGAUUAUAGAAAAGGAGAAGGCAGAGCUGGAAAGGAUGGAGAAAGAAAGAAUGGAAAAAGAUCGAGCAGCCAAAGAGAAAGCAGAAAAGGAGAAGAUUGAGAAGGAACGGGUUGCCAAAGAGAAAGCAGAAAAGGAGAAGAUUGAGAAGGAACGGGUCGCCAAAGAGAAAGCAGAAAAGGAGAGGCUUGAGAAGGAACGGGUCGCCAAAGAGAAAGCAGAAAAGGAGAGGCUUGAGAAGGAACGGGUCGCCAAAGAGAAAGCAGAAAAGGAGAGGCUUGAGAAGGAACGGGUCGCCAAAGAGAAAGCAGAAAAGGAGAGGCUUGAGAAGGAACGGGUCGCCAAAGAGAAAGCAGAAAAGGAGAAGAUUGAGAAGGAACGGGUCGCCAAAGAGAAAGCAGAAAAGGAGAGGCUUGAGAAGGAACGGGUCGCCAAAGAGAAAGCAGAAAAGGAGAGGCUUGAGAAGGAACGGGUCGCCAAAGAGAAAGCAGAAAAUGAGAGGCUUGAGAAGGAACGGGUCGCCAAAGAGAAAGCCGAAAAGGAGAGGCUUGAGAAGGAACGGGUCGCCAAAGAGAAAGCAGAAAAGGAGAGGGUUGAGAAGGAACGGGUCGCCAAAGAGAAAGCAGAAAAGGAGAGGGUUGAGAAGGAACGGAUCGCCAAAGAGAAAGCAGAAAAGGAGAGGCUUGAGAAGGAACGGGUCGCCAAAGAGAAAGCAGAAAAUGAGAGGCUUGAGAAGGAACGGAUCGCCAAAGAGAAAGCAGAAAAGGAGAGGCUUGAGAAGGAACGGGUCGCCAAAGAGAAAGCAGAAAAGGAGAGGAUUGAGAAGGAAAGGGUCGCCAAAGAGAAAGCAGAAAAGGAGAGGAUUGAGAAGGAACGGGUCGCCAAAGAGAAAUCAGAAAAGGAGAGGAUUGAGAAGGAAAGGGUCGCCAAAGAGAAAGCAGAAAAGGAGAGGAUUGAGAAGGAACGGGUCGCCAAAGAGAAAUCAGAAAAGGAGAGGCUUGAGAAGGAACGGGUCGCCAAAGAGAAAGUAGAAAAGGAGAAGAUUGAGAAGGAACGGGUCGCCAAAGAGAAAGCAGAAAAGGAGAGGCUUGAGAAGGAACGGGUCGCCAAAGAGAAAGCAGAAAAGGAGAGGCUUGAGAAGGAACGGGUCGCCAAAGAGAAAGCAGAAAAGGAGAGGCUUGAGAAGGAACGGGUCGCCAAAGAGAAAGCAGAAAAGGAGAAGAUUGAGAAGGAACGGGUCGCCAAAGAGAAAGCAGAAAAGGAGAGGAUUGAGAAGGAACGGGUCGCCAAAGAGAAAGCAGAAAAGGAGAGGCUAGAGAGAGAAAGGGUAGCGAAGGGAAAGGAGAGAGCAGAGAAAGAGCAACAAGCCAAAGAGUUAGCUGCUAAAGAAAAGGAGAGAGCGGUGGUAAAAGGACACUUUGUCAAAGAAAAGACUGCAAAGACCAAGGUUGAGACAGAACAGUUAUCCAAGAUAGAGAGAGAACAGUUACCUAAGGCGAAGGCAGGGAAGGAGAGCGCAGAAAAAGAGCCUCUCCUCAAAGAAAAGAUAGAAAGGGAGAGAGUUGUGAAAGAGAAAAGAGCCAAACAAGCAAAAGAGGAGAUGCCAGAGAAAAAUGCAAACAACUUCACAACUACAAGCAAGAAGGAAAAAAUAUUGGCUAUAAAAGACCUUCUGAAGCCUAAAGCCACCAAGGUGAAUAAGAAAUGGAGCUUCACAGGAUGAUGAUCCUUCAAUUACAAAACCGACAACUAUCCCCUCCUGCCUAAAGGCACUUCUGUAGAUCUGCAGGGAUUGGAAAGAGCUACGCAAUGCAGUGCUUCACAUUGUCCUUCUGAUAGGCUGGAUGGAUUCUCUGACAUAUUGCCAUGUUUCCAACCCCUUCAGAUCUACACAUGUGUCUAAUGAGGAGGGGCUAGGAAUUGAUUUACAUUUGAGCCAAUAUAAUCGAUGGUGCUGAAUUUAAAGUCACGUUCAUGCCAAUGCUAAAUAUGUUAUGGCUGGUCUGUGGUGAUCUGUGAUAAUCAACUUUGGUUUUGGUCUUCGGUUCUUACAAAUCAGAGCCUUGUCCUCCCCCUUUUGGUACGUUUUUAUGGCACAAUACGAAUGAAUGAAAAAUAUGCACUGAGUACAACCCAGCAGAUAACAUGUUAUAGAGAUUCCACUUGUGUCCAACAUGUACCCUGAUAUAUUUACAUACAUACAUACAUGCAUACAUAGUGUAUAAUCAUUACAGAAAGAUGGGUACCUGCACACUGAUAAAUGCUCCCAUAGAUACACCUGCGGAAGCAUUAAUUAAAAUUGUGGGAGUAUUCAUUAGUGUGUGAGUCUUUCUUUCUGUCUUUCUUUCAUUAGUGUACGUUCUGUACCCUUCACCAGCAAGUCACUGAAUAUACUACUUUGAAACUAGUUACAAUGCAAUAUUAUGCCAUUUUGACAUUUGUGUGUUUUACUGUAUUUCUUACAAUUUUAACAUCAUCCUAUCACUUUCUAACAUAAGUGUUAAUGUCAUAAUAAUGUCAAAAGAUAUUGAAUUAUAUACAGACUAAAGACAAAGUGUGCUCAUUGGCUUGAAGUGGUUGGGUUUUUAGAUUAGAACAUUUAACAGAAUAUUUACCUGAGGUGCUGACUUGCUGCACCCUCGACAACCACUGUGAUUAUUAUUAUUUGACCAUGCUGGUCAUUUAUGAACAUUUGAACAUCUUGGCCAUGUUCUGUUAUAAUCUCCACCCGGCACAGCC